AAAAGAAGAGGAAAAUAAAGAAAAGACUAGAAGAAGAAUAAAAUAGAAGAAAAGAAUAAAAUAAACGACAAUAAAAAUUAAUAAUAUAAACAAGAAACUUGAAUACUAUAAUUUUCUUGAAAACAAUAUCUAUUAUGGAAAAUCUCUUUGCAGAAGAUAUACAUAAAAUCGAUCGAUUAUAAUUUACUGCAAUUGCUACACAUUAUACUAUUAUUAUUAUAAAAAAAUAAUAUGAAAAUACAAGAAAGAAAAAUAAUAGCGUAAAUAAUAUAUCAAGCUGAGGUAUAGUUGAAUGAUUCUUCGAAUAUUAUAUGAUAGUUUAUAUCUGACUAGAAAUAUGGACGUAUUCGACAAACAUUAUCAUACUUAUUGUACUAUAUUGAAAAUCAUUGGACUAUGGCCGUACAAUAACUCAGUCUAUGUGUGGAUUCAAAGAUUAUGGAUAUUGGCAUUAUUUCUUGGCAAUAUAAUAUUUCAGAUUGUGUCACUUCUAAGAUCUGAAAUUACGUUACGAAACUGUAUUUUAAUAUUUUCUACGACUUGUCCACUUAUAAUAAUUUUGUUACGAUAUAUAAGCUUUAUAGUAUUUUUUCCUAUGCUAAAACUUUUAUCUCAUCAUAUGCGUGUGGAAGAAAAUAUAGUACAAGAUUUAAUAGAAACACAAAUACGAACAAAAUACAUCAAUGAUUCUUAUCACACAAUCGAAAUACUUUUGCGUGUGAUUUUUUUAACUGUUACAUUAUUUAGUAUAUUCUUAUUUUAUCUUAUAACAAUGGAUUUCAUAAUGCCUUUGAACGAUUGUCGCAGACAUAUUCUUCGUUACAUUACAUUAUUUUCUGUCAAUCGAACUAUAUAUUUUUAUAUUUUAUGCUUGGAUUUUUUAUUUGUUGUUACAUUUGGAUCAUUAUCUAUAAUAUGUACGGAAUCGAUAAUUGGACUUUAUAGUUAUCAUACAAGUGUGUUGUUUAAAAUUAUUAGCCAUCGAAUACAAAAGAUUAUUACAUAUUUAACUAUGUUUAAUCUCUCAUCGAAGCAAAUUGAUUCGAAACUCGCAGAGCUUUAUCGUGUAGUGGAUAUUCAUAAUCAAACUAUCGGACUUAUCAAUAUCAUGAUAAAUAAUUCAGGAAAACAGUUUAUGAUGUCUACUCUUCUAAUUGUAAUUUCAAUGGCUAUAAAUCUGCAUCGAGUAGUAAAUGCGAUUACAAUUAAGAAGGAUCAAUUAGAAAUUUUAAUCUCUCUUAUAAUUUUUGCCAAUCAUUUGGUGAUUAUGUUUUUAUGUAACCACAGUGGCCAGAUACUUAUAAACUACAGUGAAGAAUUUUUUCAUGAAUUAUAUAUUUCAGUAUGGUAUUUUGUACCGUUAAAGGUACAAAAGAUUUUAUUAUUUAUUAUGAUACGAAGCUCAACGGCAUGUAUAUUUCACAUCUUUAGUGUAUUCAUUCUAUGCUAUGCAGGAUUUACAACGGUAAUUUAUUUAAAUAAAGACAUCAUCAUUUUAAUUCAAACUAAUAAAAAUUGUUUCAUUUCAGAUGUUGAGCACUUCGUUUUCAUAUUUUACUUUGAUAUACUCGAUACAACAGAAUUGAUAAUAUCAUAUUAAAUUUUAUAUAUAAUAUCG